UAUUUGGGAAGAAAAUGAAGAGUACUGCCAGGCCUUGGAGUGCAACGGCAAAACAAGGGAGUCAUGGGGUUGACAGAGGAAAAUCGCUUUCCACUGCCUCAACAGGAAUGAAGACAUCAAAGUCCUCGACUUCACUUGCCUUUGAAUCUCGGCUCAGCAAGCUGAAGAGGGCAAGCAGUGAUGACAUGCUGACAAAGCCGGGGGCGGCAGCAGCUUCUGGAGUCUCUAGACUGAAGAAGACCAUUACAACAGGAGCGAUUUCUGAGCUUGCUGAGAGUCGACUGAAGCCCAGCACAGGAACAGUUUCAGCUGCAAAGCGCACAGGGAUUCCAGCACCCCGGGAAAUAUCAUCUGUAUCCAGAGAGCGAGCUGUAUUGCGUGGUCAAGCCAAUACUAGGAAAACACAGCCCAGCCCCACCUCUUCUGGUACACCGACUCCUACCAAGCAUGUGCGCCCCACUAGCAAGUCCAAGCAAGAGAAUGAAACUGGUGACAAAGCUGUUCUGGAAUCUCAGGUUAAAGAACUUCUGGCAGAAGCAAAGACAAAAGAUUCUGAAAUUACCAAACUCCGUUGUGAAUUGAAGAAAUGCAAAGAGAAAGGGUCACUUAAUGCUGAAGUAAUGGGUGCUUCCAACCAAAAUUUAGAAACAGUAUCACCUGUUGACAUAGACCCAUUAAUACGGACCCUUCAGGAAAAAAACAGGACUUUUCAAAAAGAGCUUGCUAGCCUGGGAGAAGAAAAUCGUGUUUUGAAAGAAAAAUUGCUUUAUCUAGAGAACUCUCCUCUCUCAGACACCACAACAAGCAGUGGCGCUGACAGCAGCCUCCCAACCCCAACUACCCAAGAAUCCAGUUUUGGAAGCCCAUCAAAAAAUGUGUCAAGAGGUGAAAUGGAUGAGCGCAGGCAGCACGUGAAUGGGGGUGCACUGCGCAAUUCAGGUUCUUCCAGCAGUGAUGUAACUAAAGCUUCCUUAUCACCUGAUGCAUCUGAUUUUGAACAUAUAGCAGAUGUACCUUCCAGGCCAACAUCCUCCAACAGCAACCACUUCAAAGGUUCCAAAUGCUCCACUACGGGAAGUUCUCCAAACAAUAUUAGUGACCUUUCUGUUGCGUCUCUUACAGAGAGAAUCCAAAAAAUGGAGGAGAAUCACCACAGCACAGCAGAAGAACUACAAGCUACUUUGCAGGAGCUGUCAGAUCAACAGCAAAUGGUGCAGGAGCUGACAGCAGAAAAUGAGAAGCUAGUGGAAGAGAAAGCUCUCCUGGAGACUUCCUUUCGUCAACAUAGAGAUAGAGCAGAACAGCUGAGCCAAGAAAAUGAAAAGCUAAUGACUCUCCUCCAAGAACGAUCCAAGAAUGAAGAAAGCAGAGCUCAGGAGGGGAAGGUCCUUGAACUGGAGCAGAAAUGUGCAGAAGUUCUUGAAAAAGCACAAUUUGAAAGAGAGAAAUUGCUCAACAUUCAGCAACAGUUAACCAGCAGCCUACGGAGCUUAGAAAGGGAGCAUCAAGAUGCCCAGCAGGUGAUUAAAAGCCUGAGAGAAGAAAACGAGAAGCUGCUUAAACUUUUAGAAGUGGAACAGCAGAGCAACAGCACAGUGACAAAAACUCUGGAGGACUGUAAAAUUGCCUUAGAAGGUCUAAAAAUUGAGAAUGGCUCUCUCAAAACUCAGUUAGAGAGUGAGAAACAAAAGGCCGCGGAAAUCAACGCAAUGGGAUGUACUACUGACAACUCUGAGGUGCAAGAGAUGCUGAAAGUAGCCCAUGCAGAAAAGGAUCUGUUAGAAGCAUCUUGCACUGAGCUUAAACAAGAGCUGCUGAAGGCAAACAGUGAACUGAAGCAUGUUCAGGGUCUGCUAUCUAAGGCUGAGACUGAGUGUAGUCAGUUGAAGGAAGCGUGUGACCGGCAGGCUGAGCAACUGAGCAGAACCAGCCAGAAGCUGCAGGAAAAAACAUCAGAGAAUGAAGCAGAUAUAAAAAACCUGAAAGACACCAUUUUCGAGUUGGAGGACCAGGUGGAACAACAUCGUGCUAUAAAACUUCACAAUAACCAGCUCAUCAGUGACUUAGAAAGUAAAGCAAUGAAGCUGGAAGAACAAAAACAAGAUACAGAGAGGCAGCUGAAAGCUCUGACUAGGCAAAUGAAGGAAGAUACAGAAGAGUGGAGGCGUUUUCAAGCUGAUCUGCAGACUGCAGUGGUUGUAGCCAAUGAUAUUAAGUGUGAAGCCCAGCAGGAGCUCCGUGUGGUAAAGAGAAAGCUUCAGGAGGAAGAGGAGAAGAGUGCCAGACUGCAGAAGGAGCUGGAUGAAGUGAAGGGCAGCAACAGGCUGACAGCUGAAGAGGUAGAAUCUCUAGAGACAGAUACAACCAACCGCUGGCAAGGAGUCUGCAUUAGCAGAGCAUCUCCCACACCAUCAGAAUCUGCAGCUACUGUGAAGUCGCUGAUAAAAUCAUUUGACUUAGGAUGCUCAGGUAGCACUGGACAAAAUAUCACAGUUCACAAGGUCCCCAGGAGCCCUCUAAGUGGAAUUCCAGUGAGGACAGCCCCAGCAGCUGCUGUUUCCCCUAUGCAGAGGCAUUCUGUUUAUAAUAAUGCCAAGCCAGCCAGCAAGGGCAUUGCCAGACACACAGAUCUUUCAGACCUUCCUCUUGCAGACCUUCUGAAGGGGAGAAACGAAGAGCUGAAACCAGACCAUUACCUCCGUAAAAGCCCCUCCCUGGAAUCCCUGAGCAAACCCCCUAUGGCCUUCAGCAGCAGAAUGCUUACCUCUACCCCCAGCAGCUUGAAACCCCAAAGCAAACUCAGUGUGGAGAGAAAGGACCCACUGGCAGCCCUGGCUCGGGAGUAUGGUGGUUCGAAGAGGAAUGCUCUGCUGAAAUGGUGCCAAAAGAAGACUGAAGGUUACCAGAAUAUUGAUAUUACCAACUUCAGCAGCAGCUGGAGUGAUGGGCUGGCCUUCUGCGCUCUCCUGCACACGUAUUUGCCUGCACAUAUUCCUUACCAGGAGCUCAACAGCCAGGAUAAAAAGAGAAAUCUGCUGUUGGCAUUUCAAGCUGCUGAAAGCGUAGGCAUCAAACCCAGCCUGGAACUCAGCGAGAUGAUGUACACGGACCGGCCAGACUGGCAGAGUGUGAUGCAGUAUGUCGCCCAGAUUUACAAGUACUUUGAGACCUGAGAUGCAGAGCAAGAGGUGGACAGAAGUGGGG